CAUCAAAACAAAUAUGGCGUCAAGACUGUCAAGAGCCCAACCCGUGAAUGUUAUUUUUAGCACUUGUGUGCAAUUUUAAGUGAAAUUAACGCGUGGUAUUGUCAAAAUAAUAUGAAAACAUGGAAGUGCCAAAUAAUACCACGACUUCUGCAAGCUUUUGCGAAAAGUUUGAGUCUGAAUUGACUGAAUACGAACAAAAACACCAAGGGGCUCAAAAAAAACCGUGGACUGCCGAAAAAGUUUUGGAGGUUAUGAACAAUAUCCGUAAAGCUAGGGUGACCGUGAGUUCCAAUCAACCCAGGACGUCUAUGGACUAUUACUGGUUAUCAAAGUAUGACAUAAUGAAAAUAGAGAAUAAAGAGUAUUUAAUAUUUAAACGGAAAACUCUAAAUGAUCCUACCAUACGUAUUGUACCAAGAAACGAAUACUUUAACAUACUAGAAGAAGUCCAUAUAUCUUGCGGCCAUGGCGGCCGAGACAAAAUGACACAAGCUAUAAAAUCAAAAUUUUAUAUACCAAAAAAAGCAGUAGAAAUAUUCGUUUCUCAUUGUCCUACAUGCGAAACAAAAAAACAGCUCAGGAAAGGGAUUGUGUCUCAAGAUUUUAAUAUCAGUGGGCAGGUGGAUGUAAUUGAGUUCCAAUCUUGUCAUGACGCCGACGGCGAGUAUAAGUGUAUGCAAAGUGCUAUUUCAACGUAUGAUACUCUGCAAGACGAAUACACCGACGCUGAUACGAGUUCAGGAAUCUCACCAGAUCGGCGGCCGUCGUCCACCAGCAACACACCCAACCGAGCCUCUGACGACAUCCCAGAAUCGGACGACGCGGACGCCCCAGUGCCGUUCACUACACAUCCACACAAGCGACAAGCGGCCAAUCGCAAACGCAAGCUAAGUGAAAAAACAAAAGUCUCUUCUACGCACGAGGCGUUUGGUCACUAUAUUGCGGACAAGUUACAAAAUCUGCCGCAUAAGCAAAGAAUAUUUGCAGAGAAAUUAAUAAAUGACUCGAUUUUUGAGGCGGAGCUGGGGAAUUUGAGUAGAGAUUGUUAUGUUUAUGUGCCGGCACGGAUAAAGACGUCAGGUUCGGAGUGAUCGUCGGUUAACAUUUGUUUCUUACAUAUGUUGAAUGUUGUUAAAACUGGCUCUGGGAGCUAUAGACCUCGCGAUAAGUUUAAAAAUGUAAAAAUAAAAAAUACUUUGUUAUCACAGUGAACUUAAAAUGGUCUUAAACACCAUAAACCCUCAUGGCACUUAAGUUCUUUUAGUCGUUUUCCCUGGGACCGGAUACCGGUAUUUUUUGUAUGGGAACGAAAACGGUAUUUUUUGUAUAGGAACGAAAACAGUAUUAUUUCGUUCUUAGUUAAUUAUUUCAUUUCUUAUAGGGCAAUCUAAGAAUACGGAGUCGUUACGUAAAAACACAAGUGAGUCCUACAUUUUGAGUUUAAAAUAAUACGAAAUAUAUGUGGUUAUUUCGAAGUUUUUGCCAAAAACCGGUACCGAUCCCUGUGUUUUCCACCAUUUUGAACGUUGAAAAAAAAAACAAAAAAAAUUUACUUAUCUAUGGAACGUGCACACAAAAUUUCACGAGCAUUGGUUGAGCUAUUCUGUUGAGGAGAACAUCCAGACAGGCGCCAUCAUAGCUUACCCCCUUUCUCUAGUUUUGUUGAGAUUUUGGUUAUAGGGCUGGCAUCCAGGCCAUGAAAAAAAAAACAAGAAUUUGACACAAAUCUAGGGAUUGACAGGGCAAGCUAUGCUGGCGCCAUCUGUAAAAUACGUCGACCGGCCAACCUCAUUCAAACAUAAUAAGGUAAUACAAAUGGUGCCUAAAAUAACAUGUACAUAUUAUAAUUUUAAUGAACAUUCUAAAAAUGUAGUUCCUAAUAUUUAAUGUAUAUUAAAAAACAUAAAUGUGAAAUGAGAGCCAAGUUCAAUAUUAAGAAUAUGUGUCCUUGUUGACUCACCAACAAAAGAAUUGAGAUCUAUUUCAAUAUUUUUUCCUAUAUGUGUAAUAUUUCAUUGUUAUUUGUUGUUUUAAAUUAUUUCUAUAGCAUGACAUUGUCAUAUAUUUAUUUUAGACUUUUUAGGGUUCCGUACCCAAAGGGUAAAAACCGGCCAAGUGCGAGUCGGACUCGCGCACGAAGGGUUCCGUACCAUUACGGAAAAAAAACAGCAAAAAAAUCACGUUUGUUGUAUGGGAGCCCCAUUUAAAUAUUUAUAUUAUUCUGUUUUUAGUAUUUGUUGUUAUAGUAUAUAUGGACAACAGAAAUACAUCAUCUGUGAAAAUUUCAACUGUCUAGCUAUCACGGUUCAUGAGAUACAGUCUGGUGACAGCGGAGUCUUAGUAAUAGGGUCCCGUUUUUACCCUUUGGGUACGGAACCCUAAAAACGGGACCCUAUUACUAUGACUCUCCUGUCCGUCUGUCUGUCACCAUCUCAUGAACCGCGAUAGCUAGACAGUUGAAAUUUUCACAGAUGAUGUAUUUCUGUUGCCGCUAUAACAACAAAUACUAUUAGUACGGAACCCUCGGUACGCGAGUCCGACUCGCACUUGGCCGGUUUUUUUAACAUCCGCCUAUUAUGUAUAUUUAAUUAUUUAUACAUUUAUAGUAUUUAUCAAACUCGACGGGUCAUCUCAAUAUAAUUUACUACCUAAAAACGCAAAAUCUCGCAAAAUUGUAUUGAGAUGACAUGUGUUACCGUACCCAUCUUGUAAAAAACACGAAACACUAGCUGAUCUGAUUGUGACGCACUUUAUGUAACAUAGUAUAAUUUAUAAUCGGUACUGACUUUCGUAUAAUAAAUUA